GCUCAGAAACAUCUGCACACUUAUCGGCUAUUAAUUCAAAUUCCAUUUGUAAGUAUGACAGUCAUUUCUUAUGCAGUUCCAUUUCUCCUGCACUCGUUAUCGAGAUACGUUAUAAAGUAUGCGGUAAAAAUGAAUGUUGCAUGUAUCAUACGUUGGAUAGCAAAGCGAGUUCAGUGAAAUAGAGAUAAAACUUGAACAUUAGUGCUAUUGUGAACGCGGAAAUAUCGUAAAAUGUGGCCCUUUAACAGAAUGUGUACAAGUAAAGCGCGUCUUGACGGUAAAACUACCAUGAUAACAGGGGCAAAUAGCGGACUUGGCCUGGAGACUGCUAAAGACUUUUACAGAAGAGGUGCCAGAGUGAUUCUUGCCUGUCGAAAUAUGGAACUGGCAAAAGAGGCAAUCGAGAAAAUAAAAAAUAAUCCAACUUCAGGGAUCGAUAAGGAGGAAUACCGAAAUGGUGCAGGGGAACUCGCAAUUUAUUCCCUGGAUCUCUGUAGUUUAAAGAGCGUGAGGAAUUGCGCUGAAAACGUUUUGAAAAAUGAAGCAGCUCUUCAUAUACUCGUAAACAACGCCGGCGUAGCGUUGCUACCGCAUCAGAAAACUGAAGAUGGGCAUGAAGCGUUAUUUCAGAUAAAUUAUCUCGGCCAUUUUCUGCUAACGUUACUACUGCUGCCAAAAAUGCAAUUAUCCUCUCCUGGCUGCAGGAUAGUCAACGUCUCUUCUGUAUUGCAUUUUUUCGGUGAUAUAAAUUUCGAUGAUAUCAAUCUGGAUAAAGCUCGCGGCUUAAUGACCGCUUAUUAUCAAUCUAAACUGGCGAUUAUUUUGAUCACCAAGGAACUUGCAUAUCGAUUGCAAAAGGCAAACAUUCAUGGAAUAAAUGUGUAUUCUUUGCAUCCCGGCCUUGUACCGACGCAAAUCUUUCGACACGGUGACAAUGCAAUGUUUUUGGGAGCGUACUAUUGUUUUAAUUUACUUACAAGGACAUUUUGUAAGAACAUUGUACAAGGAGUGCAAACGACAAUAUAUUGUUCAGUGGAUGAAAAAGUAGCCAACCAGUCUGGACUCUAUUAUUCAAACUGUAACGUCGCCAUUUCGCAAUGGAGAGCGAAAGAUGAUCAAUACGCUAAGAAAUUGUGGAAUUUAUCCUGCCGGCUUUUGCAUCUGGACCCUGAAUAUGAUUUUACUACACUUUUGGAAGCUGCCUCGCGUCAGCGUCAGCUCACAAAGUAAAAGGAUGCGUUUACAUCACAUAUUGAUUCAUGUAAUAGUAUUUCAUCUUUAAGUUGUUAAAAUAAAUAAUUGAUGCUUGUUUUGUAAAUUAAAUUUAGCUAUUCGUAUUCAUAUUACAUUUAUUUGUGCUGACAUCGACGCUCUACUUAUGUAAUACAGAUAACAUUUAAAAAAAGCAACGUAUUAUGCAUAUGUGAUACGAUUCUAUAUCAUAAAUUACAAUAUAUGUAUAGAUACUACAAAAUUUACAAUUACCUUGUUACUGC